AGAUGGGUGAUGGAGCAUAUAGUAAAGUCUUUAGCUGUUAAAAAAAAGAAGACGUUUAAAAAGGAAAUAGUAAUUAAAGUCCAAUCUAUGCAAUUAAAAUUAUUGAUAAAAAUUUCAUGAAAUUAGUAUUAAUAUACUUAUAAGUCAGAAUAAAAAACAACAUCAUGCAUAUAUAGAAAAAGAAAUGCUUCAAUAUUUAAAAUAUGAUGGAAUAAUCAAAUUACAUUCAACAUUUUAAGAUAAAAAUAAUCUGUAUUUUUUAGUUGAAUUAGCUUAAGAUUGUUUUAGUGAAUUCUUAAAACUUUAUGGCAGUAUAUAAUUUAUUGAUAAUCUAGAUUAAAAGUUAACUAAUAAUAUUAUAUAAUUUUAUACAGCCGAAAUUGUAUCCAUUUUAGAAUAUGUUCAUUCUUAAGGAAUAGUACAUAGAGACAUAAAAGUAAAUUUUAAAUUAAUUUAAGCCUGAAAAUCUACUAAUAACUGCAGAGAGACAUUUAAAAUUAAUAGAUUUUGGAACUGCAGUUAUUUAUGAUUAAGAAAAAGUUCCACAAAAAAUAGUUUAAGCUAUUGAUAAUUACAGAAAAGAUUUUGUAGAUACAGAACGAAAAAGAUAAAAUAGUUUUGUAGGAACAAAUGCAUAUUUAACACCAGAAAUGAUCUCUGAUGAACCAGUUGGUCCUGGAACUGAUUUAUGGGCUUUGGCUAUAAUAAUGUAUAAAAUGUAUACUGGAACUAUACCAUUUAAAGCUGAUAAUUAAGAAGAGUUAUAUUAAAAAAUUGUAGAAGAUUAAAUAAUCUUUCCAUAAGUAUAUUAAUUAUUCAUUUUUUGUUAAGAGCAUUCCUUAAUUAGCAUAGGAUUUGAUGAAACUAUUUUUAGAGAAAAAUCUAAAUAAUAGAUUAAUUGAUUAUUCUAAAAUAAAAAGCCAUCCUUAUUUUAAAGAAAUUGAUUUUAAUAACUUAUGGAAAAUGAUUCCACCUUAACCUGUUCAAAUAUAUAGAGAUCAAAGAAAAUCAAAGACUUUUAUCUAAGAACCUAUUUCUAAAGUUAUUUAUUAGGAAUUAGUUGAAAAAGAUUCUGGAUGUAAACAUAUAUUAAAAAAAUAAGUUCUAAUAUCUUACUUUUCUCCAAGACUACUAGUGCUAUAAAUUAUAAAUGAUAUUCCAUCUAUUCAUUAUAUAAAUCCAAAAUUGAAUGAUAAAAAGACUGUAAUUCAUGUUACUUAAUUUUUAAAAUAUUAAUUGAUUAAACAAGAUAAAUUUGUUAUAAUUGAUGAAAAAUAAAAAUAUAUUUUUAGGGUAUGAUUAAAAUAUAUAAAUUUAGUCUUAAAAUGCUAAGAAAUGGAUCUAGCUAAUUGGUGAAACUUUGAAUUAUGGUACCAAAUGA